UGACAGUUAAGCACCAGGUUGUGGACAUUGGCAUCUUCCUAUGACAGUCCCUUGACACCUGAGGUCUUUGGCAUGUCUGCAUCUCUCCAUAUGUUCUUUUAACAAUUCUUCACUUCUCAAAUUCUCUUCUGCAGGAAGACUACCACCCAUUGCCGUGCGACACUGUCCGUCACACAACGCAGGCACCACUUUCACAUCUGGCCUCUUCUCUUCCCGGCCAGCCCAGAUCUCAAAGUGCAGACUGUGGUUUUAGCAUACUCUUUUCUCUCUUCAACGUUACCCGUCCUCACAUCCUCUGUUCCGAACUCCUCGUCCUUGAUCGCUCCGUCGCCAUAGCCGGACUCGGCGCUUCCCCAACUCCCUGCUCAUUACCAAACCCUUACUGCGGUGUGCUGUGUGGGUCUCUUGCUGGUCAAUAGUCGCACGUCACUGCAAGAGGGGAGUCGGGUGAUGAGGUGACGGGAUGAACAGGCAUCACGCCUUUGCCAACGGCUAUGCCGCUCACAAGAAACGAGACGAUGAAGUGUACAACAAGUUCUCGGAGAGAUCAGACCUUGAGAGCAAGUACAUAUGGGACAUGCCUGAUCUUUACGAUGAUGAAAAGCACGAUGCAUCCUUUCACAAGAAAUUCGAACCCAAGAAAAGAGCUUUGCACAACCGCUCUCGUCUCAUGCGUCUAGGUGGACUUGCACUGGGAAUCUUCGCAUUGCUACUCUGGCUGUUUACUCCCUCGACGUCACGAAUUCCAUCGUGGUCGAGUUCUGGAGGAUCGAUACAAGAUCAUUCGGACAUUGAAACACUACGGUACUAUGACCUGGAAGAUGUUCAAGGAACUUCCGUGGGAUGGGAAAGAGAAGAGAGAGUCUUGCUUUGUACACCUUUGAGAGAUGCAGCGACGCAUCUAAACAUGUUUUUUAGUCACCUGAGAAACUUCACAUACCCCCACCACUUGGUCGAUCUGGCCUUCCUUGUUUCCGAUUCAAAGGAUGAAACCGAAGAAUUACUCUCCAGGCUUCUUGAAGAGCUGCAAGCCGAUCCCAAUCCAUCACAGCCUUAUGGAGAGAUCUCAAUCAUCCACAAGGAUUUUGGACAAUCCAUCAGUCAAGAUUUUGAAAGCAGACAUGGUUUCGCUGCCCAAGCCAGUCGCCGUAAACUUAUGGCACAAGCACGCAAUUGGUUACUCAGUGCUGCUUUGAGACCAUACCAUAGCUGGGUAUAUUGGCGUGAUGCUGAUGUGGAAACCUGCCCUUUCACCGUCAUCGAGGAUUUGAUGAGACAUGACAAGGAUGUCAUUGUUCCUAAUAUUUGGCGACCUUUGCCCGAUUGGCUAGGUGGAGAGCAACCCUAUGAUUUGAAUUCCUGGCAAGAAUCCGAAACCGCUAUUGCCCUAGCCGAGACAUUGGAUGAAGAUGCUGUCAUCGUAGAAGGAUAUGCUGAGUAUGCCACAUGGCGUCCUCAUUUGGCCUACCUCCGCGAUCCCUAUGGAGAUCCAGACGUUGAGAUGGAGUUGGACGGUGUUGGCGGUGUCUCUAUCCUGGCCAAAGCACGAGUUUUCCGCGCCGGUGUCCACUUCCCAGCCUUCUCCUUUGAACGACACGCUGAAACGGAAGGCUUCGGCAAGAUGGCGAAGCGAAUGCAAUUCUCAGUCGUUGGCCUCCCACAUUACACGGUCUGGCAUCUUUACGAACCAUCUGUCGAUGAUAUAAGGCACAUGGAUGAGAUGGAAAAGGAAAAGAAGGAACGUGAGGCCAAAGAGAAAGAGGAAGCCAAAAAGAUCAAAAAGGCACAAGAGUCUUUCCAAAAAGUCGACUCGCAAUGGGAAAAGGACAAACAGGCGAUCGCAGAUCGAACAGGAAAGCCAGAAGUAAAGGAAGAUGCCGAUGGCAAAUUGAAGACCGGAAAAGAUACUCCCAAGGGUACACAAAACAAAGAGCCAAGAAAAGAAAGUGUGCAGAAGAUUAAUACCUACAAGGGUGAAAAGAAAAAGACCGACGACGAGGGCAAAGGCAAAGGCGAUGAAGAUGAAGCUCUACGACCAGCUGCCAAUGUACCCAAACCCGGUCAAAAGAAAGACUAUCAUGAUUGAAAAGACAUAUUAUUCUGCUGUUGGAACGGCAAUGUCUCCCAAGCAAUAAAUGGAGGCUCAUGAUGAUUGUUUUCAGGAAAGGAAAUGGGUAAAUGGGUGAGGUUCGGGAUAGACGUUAAUUGAUCGAGUACAUUUCAGCGGCAUUCAGGCGUUUUUGGUGCUCUUUGAGGCCACGAUACAAGCAUGGCGUGGUUUUCUCAAUUGAAAUUGGUGGGAGGCGAGCACAGACACCAUGGGAUCAGGCAAUAUUUUUGUGCUGUGCUGUACAAAAAAAAGUGAUUUAUUAUCACAGGUUGGGCAAGGCAUCUUCUUGAGGAAUGAGUCUAGGUCUAGUUCUAGGUCUAGGUUGAUUUUUUCCAGAUUCGCUGCUGCUUCAGAAAGCUGAGCAGCGAGGCCCCUUGCCGUAUGUACUAGUAGUACUUUAGAAAUUCCAAAGCAUCCUGCUUGAAAAUAUUGGUGAUUCA